AAUUGUUCCUCUUGAUAUCAUCGCGUUGAUAUACCUUGCAUUCAUAAAGUUAAAUUACUACAACGUCUACAUUUCUGAUUUCGCUUUUUUAAUCAAAUAUAAUAAGAUUCCAUACUCGAGAACAAGACAUCUUUUCCCGAAACACCUUAUGAAACGAUUCCCCCAGGAAUACUUUAAUCGUUUAGAACCAGCAAGACUACCCGAACAAGAUAUCUUUGUCAACAAAGUCUUGAAACUAGCCCCAAUCAUCUUAGAUUCAAACACUCUUACUCAAUCGUUGAAUUACUAUUAUCCUUUCAUAUUCAGAAUACUAAGCACUUGUCUAUUGCUACCCAACGCUCCAGAGUUGAUGGUGAUGAUUCAUAGAUUUUGCCAUCAAGAACUCAAAGACCAAGAAUUGACAAUCAAUUAUGAUGCUGACCUAACACGGGCAGAUCGCUUCGUCCAGUUCCCCGAGGUCAAACUCGCAGGAAUAAUAGUCUUUGUAAUCAAACUUCAUUUUGUGUUUGGGGGUGCCCUGUGUCUGUCCUACAAAAUAGAUUACAAUAAAUGGCUAUCGACGGUGGAAAAAUACGACUUACAAAAUGAAAUCCCUUUAAUUGGAUCAUCUACUUCAAGUGACUUACUUUCCUAUUCUGAUACAAAGAUCACCGAAUAUUGUAAAUGGGUUUAUAAUAGCAUUGUUCCUUAUGCCCAUAAAGAAGCAGAUGACCCAGCUAAUCAAAAUGACUUGGCUGAAGAAGACCAUGCUGAUAUCCCACUACUGGAAAAACGUCUUUACCAAAUCUUUAACUUUGACCAAUCAUCAUUUAGUCUUCAAGAAGAUGAGGUGACCUCAUCCCAAACCCCAUUAUCAAAUAUAGACUUCAUUAGCAGAAUAGCUCUUUUGAGCUCGACAUCAAAGCUAAAUCGUUCCAUCAGGGCCGAAGAUUCGCAAACCAUCGAAUCUUUCUUGAUUAAAAAGUUGGCUGAUUAUAUCAACGUAUCGCCAACCUCCAUCAAAAAGUCCUACCUCAUCAUCGAAUCAAUUAUUGCUAACUCCCUGUCUGAAAAUGCUAAUUUUGAAAUCAUCAACUCUUCCACAAAACUUUCACAACGUCCCCGUUCAGCAUCUCCAUCGUCUGAACCCUUUUCUGCAUAACACUGCAUAUAUACAUAGAAUUCUAGCAUUUAUAUAGUCU